UUUCCCCCGUACAACUCCCACCGCCCGCCCGACAGUUCGAACCAAAACCCCCCCGCCGCCGGGAGGGACAGCGCGAGGCCCGCCGCCCCGUCGCGAUGGCUCGCACCAAGCACGCGGCCGUGAGGAAAUCGAAGGAGCAGCCCAAGAAGAAGCUCCAGUUCGGGCGCUCCCCGCACCGGAAGGCGACGCCGACAGGUGAAGCGAGCACAUCGGCGACUCCGGCAAGGGCUGCGGGGACCGGGGAGGGAGCGGCGGCUGGGGGUACGGCGGGGCGGCAGCAGCAGAGGGUGAAGAAGCUACACCGUUGGAGGCCAGGGACUGUGGCGCUGCGGGAGAUCAGGAAGUACCAGAAAUCCACGGAGUUGCUUAUCCCCUUUGCACCAUUUGUCCGUCUGGUGAGGGAGGUCACUGACUUCUACUCAAGGGGGAAUGUAACACGCUGGGCCCCGGAAGCUCUCCUUGCGAUACAAGAGGCAGCAGAAUUCCACCUGAUAGAACUGUUCGAAGUGGCAAAUCUUUGUGCCAUCCAUGCCAAACGUGUUACUAUCAUGCAAAGGGACAUACAGCUUGCGAGGCGUAUCGGUGGAAGGCGUUGGUGAAUGGUGAUAGACUAAUCAGAUGUUUUUGUGGACCCUACUACCUGAUGUAGGACAUGAAAUAUGUGUCGUUGGCCUUAGCAUCUUAGAGUGUAAUGUAGAUGUAUCUUAAUCCAGUGGUGUCAUUGAAUGUUGCAUAUUUGAGGUAGCGUUCCAAAUAUUCAGACUGACGUAUCGCCCAUGUGCCUAUGAUGCGCUUAUUCAGAAUGUUACUCGAUGAUCUGUUAACAUGUAGACCAAAAA